AUGGGUAGUUACGCGCCUACUGCCCUGGAGUGUGACCUCCUGGUCACGAACGGUGUCAUUGUCUCAUCCAGUGACUUGAUCUAUCCGCCGGCAUCUGAUAUUGCCGUGAAGAAUGGAAAGAUUGUCUGCAUUGGCGCCCUUCAGGGCCUCUUUUCGGCCCAGCGAGUUAUCGACGCCGAUGGGGCGUACGUAACACCUGGGGGUGUUGAUACUCAUGUCCACUUAGACCAGCACAUCAACGGCGCCCUGGGCGACAACUUUGAGAACGGCACGAGGAGUGCCAUUGCUGGUGGUACCACCACUGUGGUGGCGUUCGCUUUCCAGAAGAAGACCGACGAAAGUGUCCUGCCUGUAGUGGAAGCAUACCACAAGAAGGCUGCAGGUCUCUCUUACUGCGACUAUAGUUUCCACAUGAUUCUGACAAACCCGACUAAAACCAUCGUCGAGGAGGAACUUCCGACUCUUGUGGAACAGGGCAUCACUUCUGUAAAGCUUUACAUGACUUAUGACCCGCUCAAACUGCGUGACCGUCAAAUUUUAGACAUCAUGCUCGCCACACGAGCGCUGGGGAUGACCACCAUGAUGCAUGCGGAGAACGCGGACAUGAUUGAGAUGAUCAUCGAGCAGCUCUACGAGCAGAAGAAAGGCGAUCCGUACUACCACGCCAUCUCGCGGCCCAAAGUCGCCGAAGACGAGGCGACCUACCGUGCCAUUUCUCUCGCCCGGUUAAUGGACACCCCGAUCCUGCUGGUGCACAUUUCUUCCGCGAUGGCUGCGCGGCACAUCCGUGAGGCACAGACCAAACUCCUGCCCAUUCACGCCGAGACGUGUCCGCAGUAUCUGUACCUGCUUAAGGACCGCCUACAGGCCGAGAACUUUGAGGGCGCAAAGUACGUGUGCAGCCCGCCCUUGCGGGACAGCGACGACGAUCUCAACGCACUGUGGGAGGGGAUUGCUAACGGGACUUUCACGACGGUCUCCUCGGACCACUGCCCGUUCUCUUUCCAGCACCCCCAGGGGAAGCAGCUCGGCCUCAAGGACGGAGUUUCUCGAUUUACGGAUAUCCCCAACGGGCUUCCCGGCGUGGAGACGCGCUGCCCGCUGAUCUUCAAGGGCGUACAAGACGGGCGGAUCAGCAUCCAAAAGUACGUCGAGGUCACGUCCACCAACCCGGCCCGGCUCUAUGGCCUGAGCACCAAGGGAACCCUGGCCGCGGGGUACGACGCCGACAUCACCAUCUGGUACAAUGACAGCAAGCCAGGCUCGUCGUUCGCGCCGUUCGACCUGACCAACGAGAUGCUGCACCACACGUGUGACUACACGCCCUUCGAGGGCGUACGGUUCGGAAACUGGCCGCGGUACACCAUCCUGCGCGGUGAGGUGGUCUGGGCCCGCGACGAGGGCGGCGUGCUCGGCGAAAAGACCCGGGGCACAUUCGUCAAGCGUGUCGAGAACAGCCUCAGGCAGCCCCGGGGCAAAUUCGAGAACGAGUGGAUUCCGCAAUACAAGGGCAGGAUGCCAGGCGCCGGAGUCGGCGUCAAGAAUGUACUGGCAGUGGAGAGUCGCUCCUGA